GGGGCUUUCCGCGCCCACCCCGCCCGGCGCCGACCCGCUCCUCAGCGCCCCUUUGGAACCGGGAGAGAGGCUCUCCCCGCGACGCCGGCCAUGGCUUCGGAGCGCACGGAGGUCGUAGCACCGCAGGUGGCAGAGCUGCAGGAAGAGCUGAGCCGCUGCCAGGCUGAUAAAGAAUUUGUGUGGUCUCUGUGGAAACGUCUCCAGGUGUCAAGUCCAGAUCUUACUAAAGCUGUAAGCUUGGUUGUGGAAAGAGAAAAGCAAAAAGCUGAAGUCAAGGACAGAAGGGUUUUAGAGAUUUUGCAAGCCAAAGACAGCACAAUAGAAACCCUAGAACAGAGACUCAAAGGACAGCAGCAGGAGAUAAGCAACUUAAUACAGAGAAAAAAUGCUGUGGAUGAGGAAAAUGCCCGUUUGAAGAAUGAAUUCAGUAGCUUGAACCAGAAAUUUAAAGAUAAAAGGCAAGAACUUAAGGACACUGAGGAGUGUGCACAGAAGAGGGAAGAGCAAAACAGACUGGUUAUAAAAAGCCUGGAGGAGGAAAAUAAGAGAUUAAAUACAUGCUGUGCUGACCUGCUAAAUGACCUGGAGAAACUGAGGAAGCAGGAGGCACAAUGGAAAAUACAAAAAUCUGGCAAUGAUGCCCAAAUAAAGCUUUUGGAAGUUGGUUUGGCAGAGGCAAGAAAACAAAUGGAAGAGUUGCGCAGCAUAUGCAGUGACUUGUCAUCUGAGGUAGCUGUGAAGCAGGAAGAACUAUCCAGAAGGGAUUGUGAUGUGAUCAGAACUAAGAAGGAGUUACAGGAGCUGCAGAAUCUUUACAGACAAAACAUUGAGCAUACAGCACAGCAAGAUGAGCUUAUAAAGCAGCUUCAGGCUCUCAAUAUUGAUACACAAAAAGUACUGAAGGACCAAGAGGAUGCUCAUACAGCUGAAAUGUCAUCAUAUCAAAAACUUUAUAAUGAAUUAACUUCUUGUUUUGAAACUGUUAAAAAAAGCGAAAUUCAACUGCAGCGAAGCUGUUCCUCUCUUCAGGAUCAGCUGCUUGGAAAAGAUCAAAGAAUUUGUCAGUUAGAAGAGCAACUUCAGCAGGCUCAUAGUGCUUUAAAUAGAGUACAUCAUAAUUCUCCAAAAUACGAGAUGCAGGUGACUUCUUUAAGUGAGCUAGAGAGUGUCAUUACAAUGAAAAAGUCAGAAAUGGAGCUUUUGCAGGAAAAAUUGAAAAAAACAAGUCUUAUCUUAGCAGAUAAUUUGAAUGCUACGUAUACUCUGGAAAGCAUUAGUAAAAGGUCUGGAAGAAAGCAGGAGGAACCACCUGUGAAACGUUCAAGGUCUCUGUCCCCAAAGAGCUCUUUCAGAGAGCCAGAGGAGACUCAAGAAACUGAUGAGCUAAGAGCAGCCCAUGAAAACAGCAAAGAGAGGCUGCAGAUGUUACAGACCAACUACAGAGCACUAAAAGAGCAAUUAAAGCAGUGGGAAGAGGGUGAUAGCAGGGCGGAAAGUGGUGUAAGUAAAUGCCAGCAUGCAGACCCCUGUCAGCUUUGUGAGGAGGAUUGUGAUGCUGUGUGGAACGAACUCGCUUUUUUCAAAAGAGAGCACAAAAAGCUGUUGAUUGAAAAACUUAAUCUUGAAGAAGAAUUAAAUCAGAUGAAAGUACACCAAUCUGUAGAAACACUUUUUAAACUUAAUGAAGAUGAUGAGGUCAAGAAUAGUACUCUAAAGAAGAAUAUGAAAGAUGUUCCAUACCAGACAUUACAGAAGGUACAACAGCUAGACAGAAGAUGCAAAGCCAUUGAGGGGGAAUUAAAGAAAGAGAAAGAACUAAAGAAAGACUUACUGAAGGAGAAAAGUUAUUUAGAAGCAUCCUUAAGAGUUGAAAAGGAAGAUGCAGACACAAGAGAGAAAGAGCUGGAAUCAGUACUUAAUAGGAUUGGUGAAAUAAAAAAAGACAAAGUGGAACUCCAGUUAGUGAUUGAUGAGCAGGAAAAAGAAGCUGCCUCUUUGAAGAGGCAAGUGGCAGAGGCUAAGAGGUUGAGAAAUGAAAAUGAAGAUUUGCUGAGUCAAGUGCAAGAGCUGAAAUGUUUGCUGGAUGAAGCCAAAGAAGUGGCAGCGUCUGGGCAAUGUAAUUGCAAGAUAACAGACACCAAGGUUAAAUUAAAAACAGCCAAGAAAAAGAGCUCUCUGGGACAUCAUGGAGCUUUUCUCAAACAGUCCAUCAAGGUUAUGAGUAAUGGAUUUGAGAACUUCAGUAAGGACGGCUGGGAGGAUGUGAGUGAAAGCAGUGACUCUGAAAUACCAGCUUCAGAAAGUUUGGACACAGUGGUUAUGAAGACACUGCAAAACACUAAUCCACUACUAGACAGAAGUAAACAACUGAGAAAAAUGCAAAUACAAGAUGGUCAAAAGCCCUGUAAGGUUAAUCCUUUCAAAGGCAAAAAAAAGCAGUGCAAUAAAAAGGUCCAUUCACUGAAUAAAGACCUAGAAAAUGUACAUUCUAAGAGGACGAAGAACAGCUGUCUCGUAAUAUCUUAUCCAUCAUUUCUAAGCAAAGUGAACAGAACAAAAAGAAGAAAUAUCAUUGUCCAGAAACCGAAUGUAACUCUACUUCAGGAAAGAAUUAAGUCACUGCAGCAGCAGAUAACUAUUUUACAGAAUGAAAAAAAGACAGCAGUGUCUUCUGUGAAAGGAUUUAAGGAAAUCAAUGAAAAGCUAACAACUCAGCUACAUUUGGCUGACCAAAGGCUUCAAACUAGUAAACUGACCAUAGAGGUGUUGACCUCCAACCUGGCCAAAUGGCAACAGGAGAAGGAAGAUUUACAAGGAAAAUUGAAGUUGAGAGAACAUCUGUCUCAAACUGCUGGCAAGAAUGAAGCCACACCACCUCCUUCAAAGAGCAUUGAUUUAGAGAUGAAACAGAUGCAGUGCAAACUAAAGAAUUCGAAUAAUGAAAUCACUAGGCAAUCGGCCACCAUUAAGUCACUAAAAAACGAAGUCCAGGAGAAAGAAGAACGGAUUCGGGAACUGCAAGCGAAGAUUUCUCGAAUGGAGAGGGACUUUGUGAUGAAGAGACAUUUGAUAGAGGACUUAAGGUCUCGUCUAAGAUCAAAUCAAGAAAAUGAGAAAACCUCUAAUGAAACACUAGAAACUCUUGAGAGAAAGGUAAAGGCACUGUCUGAAGACUGUUCAAACAAAAAAACUUCCAUUGAUUCACUGAAACAAAGACUUAAUGUAGCUACAAAAGAAAAGUCUAAAUAUGAGCAGUUGUAUCUCAAGGCUAAAGAUGAGUUGGAGAAAAAGGAUCUUACACUUACCAAUCUGGAGAGCAAAAUGAUUGAGACGGAAUGUGCCAUGACUCAACUUGAGACUACAGCAUCCCAGCAACUGCAUGGCUUGGCUAAACAGAGUGGACAGGCUUUGGAAACGGUACAGAAGAAGCUGCUGCUCACCAUUAACAAAGUAGAAGAAUUCAUGACAUUUGUGAAGGCUCUAUCCAGAGAGUUACAGCACAGCGUACAAGAGCUGAGAAUAAAAAUCAAGCAGGCAAAAAAAAUGAGAAAAGUGAGAGCAUGCAAAAAGAGUCUCUCACAAGAGUCUGUUCAGUUGGCAGCAUCUAUCCUUAAUGUUUCAACAAUUGAUCUUGAGGAGAUCUUAGAAGUGGAAGAUGAUGAGGAAACAGCAAAGACAAAAAUGGAAUGUGAAAAAGAUAAACAAUGGCUGCAGCAUAUACAGAAACUUCUUGAAGAACAGUUUCCUUUCGCUGCAUACUUAAUGGAUGCCAUACAGGAGAAAUUAGAUGAGAAGAUGAUACUGGUAGAAGAGUACAGUUCUCUCAUAAAACACACUGCAUGA